AUAUUUAACAUCACAAAAUGGCUAAAUUCAUUAAAUCAGGUAAAGUUGGUAUGUAUCAAGACUAUAGAUUUAAUUCAAACCAUACAGACGGGAACUCGGAGCAGAAUUAAGGAUGAGAGGUGAAGGAUUUGGUGGGUGGAAAAAAAAACCGUAAAAAAUACAAGAAUUGAAAGAGAUGAUGCGAUAUCUACAGUAGAGGAUCAGGGAGUAAUGUUAUGGUGUCGGAAUCAAUGGUUGGUUGAAGACAGACUUGAAAGUGGACAAAUUGAAGUGAAAAAUUGAUAUGAAAAAUAAAGUGAAAAAUUCGGAGGAGAUCGAAUACCAGAGAAUAGAAGGCCCAGAGUACCGUCGCAAGGUUAG